UAGAGUCGGCUGUGGCGCCUGUAUAUACCGGAGCGCAGGCGGCAGGGCUCCUCCCCCUCACGGGUGUCUCCAGUGUAUAGACCGGGGGAGGGGAGCGGGGACCCGCCAUCAUUACUAUAGUCCCGUUAUUAUAAUGUAGCGUCACUAGGCCCCGCCUCCUCGCUGAUAAGCCCCGCCCACUUGUACAGAGUUCUGGUGCUUGGACCUUCCCAGUGACCAUCAUUGACGCUUCAGAUAAUUUCAAGUACGACAAUUUCUUUCCACCAUUAUAGGAGUUUGUGACAGAGCUGCCCUCUACUCAGAUACCUAACCGAGCCCUCUCAAAAUGCAUCAGCAUCUUCUACCGUACGUCCAUCUAUCUGGAUCACGCACGGACAAUGUCGUCAGCCUGGAGUCAAAUGUGGUAAUAAUGCCCAGUUACUGAGGCGCUGUAACGAAUUUGGUGCUAGCUAGACAUUAUCUAUCUAUCUCCCACCCACCCAUAGACUUUAUGUUGCUGCCGGCAUGGAGGCGUUUGGCCCCGUCAUGCUGUACUUGCUACAGGUUGAGGAAGAUGAGAAGAAAGAGAAACCAAAUCCAAGACCGAGAAGACAUCACAGACCAUCUCCAUCUGGGCAAAAGCCACAACCAAAACCAAAGAGGCCUCAACCGCAGAAACCUCAAGUGCUCGGCAUCCGGAGGCCACGUAUCUUCCGGGAACGCACGGGAAUGGAAGGACUGACAGAUGAAGAGGUGAUGGAAAGGUUCAGGCUCACCAAACGUUCCAUCAUAGAUCUAUAUGAGCUGAUCCGCGUGGACAUCGACCCGCUGACGCAGAGGAGCCACGCCAUCCCUGGCAUCGUGAAGCUGCUGAACUGCCUGCACUUCUUUUCCACAGGCUCUUUCCAGACCAAGGCGUCCGCCAUCGGGGGCGUCUCUCAGUCUACGUUCUCUCGAUUCCUGGUACCAGUGAUUCAGGCCCUGAAGAAGCACGUCCACACCUUCAUAUACUUCCCCACUGAUAAGGCCACGUGGCAGCAGUUGAAAAACGGCUUCAGCUCAGUGGCCGGGAUCCCACAUGUCAUGGGGGUGUUGGAUUGUAUACAUAUAGCUCUGUCGGCUCCGCACGAGCAAGAGGAGAUCUACAGGAAUAAGAAAGGCUACCACUCUGUAAACGUGCAGAUGAUUGUGGACAGCAACUGUAAGAUCCUCAGCUUGUUCUCAGCUUUUCCCGGAAGCUCCCAGAACUCGUCUAUAUUGCGGCAAUCUUCAGUCUACGAGGGGUUCGAGAGCGGUCGGCUCAGUGGUGGCUGGCUGCUAGGCGGGUCAGGAUACGCCUGCCGCCCCUGGCUGAUGACCCCAGUCCCAGACCCCAAGACCCCCGCAGAGUUCUCCUACAAUGAGGCCCACGCCACCACUCGAGCCGUCAUAGACAAAACCUUCAAGAUGUUAAAAAGUCGAUUCAAGUGCUUGGACAAGUCGGGCGGGGGGCUCCAGUACGACCCCACGAAGGUCUCCGACAUCAUUGUGGCCUGCUGCAUCCUACACAACAUCUCAAUCCUCCACAACAUCUCACCCAAAACUGAGGAGCCGACCUUUGAGGAAAAGCCUGGAGCUCCACACGAGGAUCCAGCUGCCGGCAAUGCUCACGACAUCCGCGCCCAGAUCAUUGCGGACUACUUCUCCUGUAGGUGACCGCCCUGAGAUCGGCUCCUGGACCCAUAACUGCAGCCCUAUAAUAAUUUCUUCUUAUGUAGAAACUGUCCCCACACGCAAAGUGACACCUUUACAUUCAGGAUUGGACUUGGAGAAACCAUUUCUGUGUAGUUGAAGAAGCGACAGGUGAGACACAGUGAGAGCAAGUGUCGUACGGCAUGAUCCUUAUAAAAUUGUAUGGGAACGUGGGUAACGAUAUAAUGCGCCUGCACGAGGGGGGGGGGGGGGGGGGACUGUCACUGCUGGAUACAACUGUCAUGGCCUCUUGUCUUGUUUUGCAGAUUCUGAUAUGGAUAGCAUUAAGCACCGUGUGCACAUAGUUUAUCCUUCCAUCUUGUCUGAAUAUGUUGCUCUAUCAACACUUUGUAACCUUUACAUGUAGUUAAGUAAAAUAGACUCAUCCAUUGACCUCUCUAUACAGUAAUGGAAAUGGACCGGUCCAGUGUCCUCCCUAUACAGUAAUGGAAAUGGACUGAUCCAGUGACCUCCCUAUACAGUAAUGGAAAUGGACUGAUCCAGUGACCUCCCUUUACACUAAUGGACCUAUCCAGUCACCUCCCUAUACACUAAUGAAAAUGGACUGAUCCAGUGGCCGCAUUAUACAAUAAUGGACCUCCCUAUACAGUAAUGGAAAUAGACUGAUCCAGUCUUGCCUCUUCCCCGGUGCUUUCGAUAUCCCGCUGCGGUGCAAUCCUCUACCUGCUUCUUGUGGUAGACUGAUCAUACUAUGGCUCAGCCAGCCACCUUGAUGUUCUGCCUCAGCCCCUGAUAGGCUGACCUCCCGAUACAGUAAUGUAAAUGGACUGAUCCAGUGACCUCCCUAUUUACUAACAGAAAUGGACUGAUCCAGUUACCACACUAAACAGUAUCGAGAAUGUGCUGUUCUAGUUUCCUUCAUAUUAUAAUGCCAUAAUGGUUUGCACUGCGACCCGCCCCCUCUAGUGUUGAGUAAAUAGGUUGAUCCAUGGUCCUUCCUAGAUAGUAAUGAACUGCUCUUCCUACCUCCAUAUAUAUUUUUUAGGAAUGGGCUGAUCCAUUGACCUCCCUAUAUAUAGUUAUUAGAAUGGACUGGUCCAGUGCCCCCUCUAUGUAGUCAUGGAAUUGUACUAAUACCGUGAUCACUAUAAUAAUGUAACAUUAGCUAUUUAAAUCCUUAUCUUGAAAUGGACUCGCCCAAUAACCUCUCUAUAUGGAAGAGGAUUGUUCCAUUUGACUCGGUGCUAUUCCCCUAGUUUUUAAGGUGGACUGGUCUAAUGCUAUUCCAGUAGAUAGCCAAGGAUUAAUAAACCUAAUAAGAAUAAACAUAUCUUCUAAUGUCUCUAGACCUGAUCUGGAUUGUUCCACUGAUAUCUUUAGUUAGGGGAGUGGACUGCCAAUGAAUUAUCUGCAUUUGAGUUCCAGUGUUUAUCCUUCAGUUUGGUUAAUGGACUCUUCCAUAAAAUGACUCUUUGAUCUGCAGAAUGGACUGUUCCACUGAUCUUCACAUUGGAUCAUUAACCUUUCUGUGCAACUUAUAGACCAAUGAAUGAAUUAUCCUAAUGAUGACCCCGUAACAAUAGUCCAGUGGGUUGUGGUGGUGUGGGUCAUGAACAGUAGCUUCUGCUACGUUGCUGAUUUGGUCUCUGUCUUUUGGGACAGAACAUGCAUUACUUGUGUUACCAAGAGUUUAGCUCCAGGCUGGGGGAAAGGUUUUGGGUGCCAUCUUUAGAGUUCAACUUUAACCAAGUCAGUAGUGGGGGAUCACUAGAAUUUAGGAAAUCCUAAAAGAUUUCCAUGGUUUAGAGGUAAGAAAGAACGGCUACGGAAGAAGGGGAAACUUCUGAUCACUACUAAAACCUGAGAGAAGAAGCCCAAACCAAGACCAGAUGCAAAAUGGGACAUUGUGAACUUCUACAGAUCCUUUCCCAAUGUCCUCUGGUGUAAAGAACCAAAAUAAAGUGAGAUUUUUAUUUUCA